AUGUCUCGAGAGGUCAUGGAAGACGCAGCAGCUGAACCAAGAAGAGGUGGCCGGUCUAGGAAGGCCACGCAGCGCUUCGAGCCGCAGCAGGCGAAGGGUGUAGCAGGGAAGAAGCGCAGACUGGAUGAUGAGGACGCUCGGUCCGACCCAUCGGAAGAAGAGGACUCGGACGACUCUGACGCAGCUCCGGCUGCGUCCUCUCGGAAGAAGAAGGCCGCCGGCGGGUCACAGAAGAAGGCUGCUGCGGCCAAGGGGAAAGGCAAGAAGCCAGCCAAGCGGGCUGCAUCGCCCGAUGCCCCGGCAGAGGGUGUCGUCGAGCUCGAUGGCCUCAAGGACGAUUCUUCCCUCUUCAACGCCCUCCUCAACGCCGAUAUCGCUCUCAGUACCGUCGUCGAAGGCUGGGUCGAAUCAUAUCAGAGCUCCGCAGGCGAUGAAGAAGGCGAGAAGGAAGCUGUCCAUCAGCUUGUCUUGUUCGUCAUUCGAUGCUGCGGCUUGAUGGCGGAUGUCGAUGAGGACGAGACGAUGGACAUGGACGGUAUUGCAGACGCAGUAGAGCGGAUCGAAGAAGAGAGCGCCAAGAGUACCGCCGCUAUAUACCCCUUGAUAUCCAAAUCCAAAAACUUGAAACCCUUCAAGACCAACCUCAACCUCUUCCUCUCCCUGCUCGUCAAGACUCUCUCGCAGACGCCUCUCCUCUACCACACAUCCGACACCACCACCCACUCAGCACCCCUCCUCCCCUUGCUCCAAUCAUGGCUGCACAACCUCUCAACCUCGGCGCUCCGCCCACUCCGACACACGGCCACCUACAUGUCCAUGAAGCUCACUUCGGCGCUCUGCGAUGUCGCAUCGGACGUCAGUAAGGAUCUUAGCAUGAAGCAGCGACAGAGGGAGGCGGAGGCGAAGAAGGCGGGAACGGCUGCGGGUCAGAAGAGGGUCAAGGAGGCGGAGAAGAAGGUCAAGGAGGCGCACGAGAUGAAGGUGACCCUCGAGGGGUUGAUGCAGGAGACCGUGGAUGUUGUGUUUGUUCACCGAGUACGCGAUUCCGACGCCGCUAUCCGGACAGACUGCCUCAAGGAGCUCGGGGUAUGGGUCAAGGGGUACGCCGAGAAGUUUGUCGACAGGCAAUACCUCAACUACUUCUCGCGAGGCUGCAACGAUCCGGACUCCCACGCCCGAAGCGAGACCGUCAAGGCUCUCUCCACCCUGUACACUCGCGACUCCUUCGUCAACAACGCCCGCACCGUUACCCUUCGGCUUGCCCCUCGGCUCAUCGAGAUGGCGCUGCGCGACAUCGACAUCACCGUCCGCGUCCGAGCCCUCGACGUUAUCGCUCAGAUCGACAAGACCGGUAUCCUGCAGGAUGAAGACUCGAACGAGCGGGAACAAAUCGCUCGUUUGGUAUUCGACCAUGAACCUCGGAUCCGCAAGGCCAUCGGCGGGUUCUUUAGCGGUCUCUGGGAGGAGCGGGUCGAGAAGCUUCAGGGCGAGUGGAAGGGUGCGGUCGGAAACAAGAAGAAGCGGGGGAAGGGUAUCAACGAGGAGGAUAUGGACAAGUACCUCAGCUGGAAGGCUCUGGCGGAUCUCCUGGUGGAGACGAGCCGGACGAUCGACCAGCCCGAGGCGGAGGAGGAUGAGGAAGCAGGGGAGUCGAGCACCGCCAAGACCGUCUCGGUCAACACGCUCAUGAGCCGGGCGGCGGCCGCUGUCGAGUCGCUGUCAACGGCGAUAUCGCUCAUGCAGGACUGGGAGGGUCUGGUGGAUUACCUUCUGCUGGAUCACUCGACGCACGAAGAUGAUGCGUGGUUGCUGGAUGAGGAGGAGGAGGGGUUCAUGAUGCACGUCUUCAUCGCCUCGGUGCGAGCUGACCCGGAGGACAACGAAGAAGAGCGGACCAAGACCCUCAUGACUGCUCUGCCUCGUCUUCUCACCAAGAACCAGUCGGACGCGGGCAGGAUGACGGGUAUCUUGGGCUUGCCGGGCUUGAUGAAGCUGGAGAUGUACCUGGACAUGCGGAAGAGCACGGCCUACGACAGCCUCUGGGACGACAUCUCCAAGCAAUUCCUCACGCAGACCGACCCUCUCCUCCUCACAUCCGCGAUCACCGCCAUCAACACCCUCAUCGCCAACACUUCCCUUUCCACCAACAACGCCGCCAAGCUCAUCGAGCUCACCGAGGCACUCUUCAACUCUUUACGAGACGCGCUGGACGGCGAAGAUGUCAGCGAUCUGCAAUUGAGCGAUGAGCAGGUGGCCAGUCUAGAAGCUAUAAUGCUACGCUUGAGUCUGCUGGAGCGGAGCAAGGACCUGGUGGAUGUCAUGGAGGAUACGGAGGGUGGACAGAGCGCGGGCUGGGAUAUCGUCUGCGAGUUUGUUCAGCGGGGCGAAGUCGGGUACAAGGAGGAACGCAAGCUCGUCGAGUACGCGAUGCAGGUGGUCUUCCUCCAUCUUACAUGGUUGUUCCAGCGCUUCGUCCCGGAGGACGCUAAUGACGAGGCCAAGGUGGAAGCGCUGGUCGAGAAGCGGGAUCGGGCAAUGAAGGUGUUCAAGGGGUUGGCGUUGACGGACCGGAGCAACGCGGCCGAGUCGGUCAGACGACAGGCCUUCGUAUGCUAUCUCAACACCUAUGUCCUCUUCUCACCCAAAUCAUCCGCACCCGCUGCCAAGGCUGCGACACUCAAGAUGGAGGACGAGACGCAGCAUCGGUUGGGCGGAUCUUUCCAGGCGGCAGUAGAGCGCUACGCGUCGGACCUGGAGGAGGUGCAAGCUAGUCAGAGCGAUGAGAACACCGAAACCACCACCCAAACUCCCGAGCAAACAUUCGAGUUCUUCCAGCUCACCUCUGUCUUUGUCGCUGCCAUCCGCACCGGUGUGCUCGAGGUUGAACACGCCAAAGAGCCCCUUGCGCACUACGGGCGCUUCGGCUCGACCUACGAUGCAAUCGUCAAGAAGCUCGUGGAUGUGCUCCGGGACGAGGGAAUCUACAACCGGGAAGCGGACACUGUGCAGCACGUCGCUGGUUCAGCACUUCAAGCUUCCUUCAGCACCUACCUCGAGUCCGACGUGAAUUCGGACCCCACCGCCACCCUUGCUCUCGCCAAGCUCAUCUCUUCCGCAUUCAUCAUCCACGGCACCCACUUCACUGUCCUCAAACAGCUCUCACCCUCGGACGUCUACGACUUUCACCUCGGCGCAAUCGACUAUAUCGCCAGACGGGUCAGCAAUCUCGUCAAGCAGGAAAAGGCCAACAAGUCCAAGGAUGUUCGGACCCGUCUGGCGGCCAAGCGCGCUCGGGCGCUCGUCGGGUGGUUCAAGGUGGUCAUACUGCUCCUGGGGCCUAUCGGCGGGCGGGAUGCCCUCAAGCUUAAGAGCCACAUGGAGGAGGCAAUGAGCGGGACGGGCGCGCCCCUACUCAGUGGGAGAGGCUGGGAGGGGUAUCGGGCGUACGAGAAGCGUCUGGUCAGUAUUGCCGGCAAGGAUAAGGAGGUCAAGGAGGCGAGCAAGAAGGUGGUCAAUGGCGGGAGGAAAGGAAAGGCGGCGGUCAGGGAGCGGACCGAAACUGCAUCGCCUGCUCCCGAGGAGGAAGAGGGGGAGGGGUCGCCAUCGCCUACACCGAAAAGCCGCGGGCUGAAGCGGACCCCAUCUACCGGCUCGGCAAAGCAAAAGUCACCGGAGCAGGAGGUUGAUGACGAGGACGAGGAGGCGGGUGCGGGUGAGCCGGAAGGUGGCGAAGGGGACGCCGAUGUCAACGGGGACGUCGAUAUGGACGCCGAACCCAAACCGGAACCCGUCGAUAUCAAUGACCUCAUCCUCGACCUAGACCAAGACAUGGACUUUGCCGGUGCGGACUUUACCGACCUCAACAGCAGUCAGGGUGGCGCACCGGGGUCGAGUCAGCGCGGACGGGAGAGGAGCGAGAGUGUACCGGUGGAGCGGCCGGCGGCGGGGGCUAAGCGGCGCAAGACGGGGCGGGUGAUCUGA